AUGAUAAAAGAUAAGCCAAGGCGUUGGCAUGAAACCCUUUCAGAAGCUUUGUGGGCUUACAGAAAUUUGAAGCAAACAAGUAUAGGGACAACUCCUUAUCGGCUUACAUUUGGCUACGAUGUUGUGUUGCCGAUGGAGUUAAAUGUAAAAUCGGCAAGAAUAGCUUUACAACAUAAUCUUAUACCUGCCGAUUACAACGAAGCUAUGCUUACCGAGUUAGAAGAUUUAGAUGAAGUCCAAAAACUUGCUUUAGACCACCUUAUGGUUCAUAAAGCAAAAGUAAUGAGGGCUUACAACAAAAUAGUGAAGUUCAAGUCAUUUGCAGAGAGUGAUAUGGUUUGGCAAACAAAUCUUCCACCUGGGAAGGUGGAUAGAGUUUAUGGCAAGUGGUCACCUACUUGGAAGGGUCCAUAUUUGGUUCAUCAAGUAUUGCAUGAAGGCACUUAUAGGUUAAAAGAUCUAGAUGGUGAAAUCCAUGAGAGACCAAUAAAUGGAAGGUACCUGAAGAAAUAUAAUCCAACUAUUUUUGAACUUAUGGAGGACAAGAAAACCUCCACUAAGUAA